AUGUCACCCCGCCACCUCCUGCUCCUGCUCCUCCUCCUGCCCCUGCUGCCGGCCGGCUCUGGGUGUGUAUUUUGCCGGCUCGGGUAUCUGGAGAUCAGGCAGCGGUUUCACAAGCUGUGUGAGGACUACAUGAGAGCCCAGGGGAGCGAGAACUGCACCCGCCACCCGGGACCAUCCAGCUUCAACCAGUUCGCAAUAGAUGAUGAAACUCUGCUGUUUGUUACGGAGAAAACUCAUCGGGUCUUCCGGUUUUUAGAGAUAAAGCGCGACGUGCUGGGGAUAGCCGAGUACUGGGACUGGCUGCACGAGGUGAAGCUGCCGGAAUUAACCUACGAAGUAGACUGGACUUAUGCGUAUAACUGCACCCUUUGUAGAGUGAAGAGUAUGAAGUGUUUUGACAAGGAGACAUGCUUUCCUGGUGAGACGCUCUGUUCCACGGGGGAGGCUCUGUUCCAGGGGGGAGGCUCUGUUCAGUGA